AUGUACUCUGUGGCUGACAUAGGAGAUGAAGAGAAUGAGAGUGCAGAUGAAAGGAAUGGGAUUGGAGCUGAAGUUGGUCAAGAUGAAGAACAGGACCCUGCCCAAUCAUAUGAGACAUUCUUUUCAGGUUGGACAGAGACUCAACCGCAUGCUGAUCAGUCUGGGGUUCCAAAAAACUUGGCUUCCAGUCAACAAUUUGGUGCGGAGAACACAAAUCAGAGGGGCGAGUCAUCUUUCAAGUCUUCUGGAGCUGUUGAUGAAGAUCCAAACAACCGUAACUCUACUAUUCAACCCUCUACUCGAAACCCAAUGGUCCAUUGGGUGGCUUCACAAAGGGAUUCUCGAUUUAAUUCACCUAUCUCAACUGCCAACUUUCCAACAAGAAACACUCGCCCAGAUUCCCAGACAACCAUGCAUUGGCUAGAAGAUGAGGUGUCCAAGCUACGCAAAGGUGUGAAUAUUCAGCUCAUCCAAUUACAAGAAGAGAAUUCCCAACUCCAACAACAGCUGUCAGAUGCCCAGAAAAAACUCCAACAAGCACAUAGAGAGCUUAACGACUGUGCAAAUGAAAAUUCAACCCUGCGCAACAGAGUCAAGAACUUACAGCUCCAAAUCAACCUUUUGCCUCAACAGAUGAUGCAUCAUGCACAGCAACUACUGGGAAUGUUUCAACCGGCCUGGGGCAGGGGCACAAUGCCCCAUCAAUCAAAUGAGGGACACACAAUGUGUCAGCCUCUGGGUAACUAA